UCCAACCUUUCUCUCUUCAUCACAACAGAGAUAGGAGGAAGAUACAGAAAAACCCAAAAAGGAAAAGGGGAAAAAUAAAAAUCCAUGGAAACCAGAUCUUCAAAGAGAAAGAGACUUCUGCAAGCCCAAUCUGAAUCCCAUACAGCCAUUGAUCGAAUUACUCAUCUCCCAGAUGCCGUUCUCCACCAAAUUCUUCUCCUCCUCCCCAUCAAAACCAUUGCCCAAACCAGCGUGUUGUCCAAACGGUGGAGGCUUCUCUGGUCAUCUUUUCCUGAUCUGGACUUCACCACCCUCAACCCACAUUGCAUGUCCUGCUAUUAUUUCGAUUCCUGCGGCGGCCGAAGCUCGGUUUCUCCCAACCCUAACACUCUGGACUGCAUCAGCCAGACUCUAGCGGCCCACCAGAGAGGCUCAGACAUAAGGGUUCUACGCUUCCGGGCACAUCUAGGGUUUUCGAGGUUGAAUGGUCUGAUCCGUAGUGCAAUAAGGCAUAACGUUCAAGACCUUGAUAUCGACGUUUGCACCGACGAUUACUUCAAUCUCCCCCGCUGCGUCGUGAUGAGCGAAUCCUUGAAGGCUUUAUCAUUGAAGUUUCGUCCUCCUGGUUUUAGGCUGCCACCUUCGAUGGUAAUGAGAGGUGGUUUUCAAUCUCUGCAGACUUUAUCUCUUUCCCAUAUGGUCUUCUACAAGAAGCAUUAUCUUCUUGACUUGUUCGCGGGUUCUGCAUUUCCAGUCCUCAGGAAACUGACUCUGGACAGUUGCCGUGGAAUAAAGUUUCUUGAUGUUGGCUGCCGAGUCCUCCAAGAUUUAACAGUAGAGAAUUGUUUUCAGCUCCAUGGAUUGACCGUAUCAGGUCCAAGAUUGGAGAGGUUGAGGGUGGUGAGUUGCUUUGAAUCUUCUAGUGAGAAGAGUUGGGUGAAGAUUAUAGCGCCCAGACUUAGGGUUAUGCACUGGGAACACAACGCCAUUACUGAGACAAGUUGUCUAGAGAAUUUAGCUUCAAUGGAAGAGGCCUUUAUCGGGUUCUUUGCGCUUGAUGAGGACACAAGAGCAGAGAAGUAUAAGAGCGUGUCAAAUAUUCUCUCUGGCCUCUCUCAUGCUCAUUGUUUAACCCUCCAAAGCCAAUGCAUUCAGAUUCUAUCAAACAAUCAUUAUUCCACCAUUUCUCUACAUCCCUUUCACAACCUGAAAACUAUGAAGUUGCAUACUGUACUUGACAAAAAUAACAUCAGAGGAUUACUGUGCCUAUUCAGGAGCUCACCAACACUCCACACUCUCAUUCUCAAGAUAAUUACUCAUUUCAAGGCUGAAAAGACAAAGGCAUGGAAUAAAGCGCUGUGGGAUCACAUGUCCAGCUCUGAGCAGGAACAGUACUGGGAAUCUCGAUCACAAACUUUCAAGUCCUUCCUGCAACACCUCAAGGUAGUAAGGAUGGAAGGGUUGGUAGAAAGUGAGAAUGAGAUUGGUUUGAUCAAGUUUCUGCUCAAGCAUGGAAUGGCCUUGCAAGAGAUGAUUCUGUGCUCAGGACACUCCAAUUCCAGGGACCCGGUUCGGCGUCAUGAGAUUCGGUCACAGAUGAUGGGAUUCUCUUGGGCUUCUUCGAACGCUAAACUUGCAUUUCAUUGAGUUUUUUUCUACACAUUCCCGGAGUUUUGAGCUACUUUUUAGUACUGUAAAUUAUGCCCUUGAAUGCAGGUAAUAAGA